GGCCCGGCUCGGCCACGUGGGCCCGGCGGACGCGGCCCUGCGCCCCGCCUGCGGCCCGCACUGCCGGGGACUGGCCCAGACCUCCGUGGCCAGUGCAGGACGCCCCCUUCCUGACCCCCUCGUGUCGAGGGCGCAUCGUGGAGCCCUUCCAGAAGCCACCUGACGUGUGGUGUCGCAGCUCGCCGAAGGCAGAAACGGGCGUGAGAACCCAGCUGUCGCCAGACCCAGAAUAAACUCGGAAAAGUUGAAAACCUUGCCACUGCGUCCACUAGUUAUUUGUGUUGAAAACCUGCUCAUUUUUUGUUUAAGACGGUGAUUUUGUUCGCAGGAAGGAGUUUGCUCUGUUAAGUAAAUUAGUGAGUACUUCAGCUCUCCCUUCUCCGAGGAACCCUAACCCUCGUGACACCUGCUCCUUGGGUCCUCAGAGGCUUUUAGACCAGGUUGAAACCCCGACGAGCCCUCGUCCUGAGGCCCAGGGCUGAGGUUCCAUGGCAUGGCCAGCUGUUAAAGGGGACUAGGACGUCUGGUCAUGCUUGUGGGCUGAGGUACCUUCUGUACGACGUCAACCCCAUGGAGGGCUUCAACCUCCGCAGGGAUGUCUACAUCCGCAUCGCCUCCCUGCUGAAGACCCUGCUGAAGACUGAGGAGUGGGUGCUCGUCUUGCCCCCGUGGGGCCGCCUCUAUCACUGGCAGAGUCCUGAUAUCCUCCAGGACCGGAUUCCUUGGUCUGAGUUUUUUGAUCUUCCAAGUCUCAAUAAAAACAUCCCGGUCAUUGAGUAUGAGCACUUCAUUGAAGAGUCCGGUGGGCCCUUCAUUGACCAGGUGUAUGUCCUGCAAGGGUAUGCGGAAGGGUGGAAGGAGGGCUCCUGGGAGGAGAAGGUGGACCAGCGGCCGUGCCUGGAGCCCCUGCUGUACUCGCAGGACAAGCACGAGUACUACAGGGGAUGGUUUUGGGGUUAUGAAGAAACCAGGGGUUUGAACGUCUCCUGUCUGUCCAUUCAAGGAUCAGCGUCCACCAUAGCACCUGUGCUCCUGAAAAACACUUCAGCCCGGUCCGUGAUGCUGGACAGAGCGGAGAACUUCCUUCAUGACCAUUACGGGGGGAAGGACUACUGGGAUACCCGCCGGAGCAUGGUGUUCGCCAAACACCUGCGGAUGGUGGGCGACAGCUUCAGAAGCAGGUUCCUCAACUCCACCGAUGCCACGGACAGGAUCCCGUUUGAGGAGGACUGGACGAAGAUGAAGGUGGAGCCCGGCUCUUCACUGGGGGGCCCCUACCUCGCAGUCCACCUGAGAAGAAAGGACUUCAUCUGGGGGCACCGGAAGGACGUGCCCAGCCUGGAGGGGGCCGUGAGGAAGAUCCGCAGCCUCAUGAAGACCCACCGGCUGCACACGGUGUUCGUGGCCACGGACGCCAUCAGGACGGAGUACGAGGAGCUGAAAAAGCUGCUCCCCAAGAUGGUGACCUUUGAGCCCAGCUGGGAGGAGCUGGAGCUCUACAAGGACGGGGGCGUCGCCAUCAUCGACCAGUGGAUCUGCUCGCACGCCAGGUUUUUCAUCGGCACCUCGGUCUCCACGUUCUCUUUCCGGAUCCACGAGGAAAGGGAAAUCCUGGGGUUGGACCCCAAGACGACCUACAACCGCUUCUGUGGAGACCAGGAGAAGGCCUGUGAGCAGCCCAGCCACUGGGAGAUCGCCUACUGAGCGCCCGCCGUCUGUGCGUGGAGACCUGGCGCGGGGAGCACCCAGGAGCUUCGUCCUGCACGUCCUCCACCCGCCGUGGGCCGCAAGGGCUUCCGCGGCCCUCUGGGUCAGCACACAGCGUGUUCCUCAGGACCUGUGCUGCCGCCUUGCUGCAGAGCUGGUGUCCAGAGGAGCGGGCAGGAUCUGUGGUGAGCGGGCUGCUCAGCAGCAUGGACCCGGACGUCUUCCUGUCCACCAUGUUAGAAGUUACGGAACAAUAAAGGCACAGGCUGCGCCACUUCCAUCAGUGGCCGUUCACUGCUCGUGGGCCACCUGGUCGUCAUUAGCCAGGCAAACUCAAGCUCUUCAUUCCAGUCUUCAUUUCUGAGCUCUGUGACACUCAGGCCACACGUCCUCGCCACAGUGAUGUGUAAAUGGGUCACAGAGAUGAGGCGAGGCUGAGGCAGGGGGCUGGCCAGGAGCAGAGGCAGGGGUGGUGCCCAUCAGGGAGCCUGUCAGAGUAUCAGCUUGAGCAGCAGCCUGCAGUGGGCUGUGCGUGGUGUCCAGCAGGAGAGACUGUCUGGCCGGAGCCUGAGGACAGGUUUGCAGGUUUGUUGCUGUGGCGGUCUUCCCAGGCAAGGCCAAGUGCAGGGUCCCGUGCUCCUGAUCGGGUUGGGUGCCCACGUGUCCAGGUGCUCCUGCUUUGGUUGGGUCAGUGUAAGUUAUUUGCUGGGUCGUGCCUCAGGGUUGUGCCAGGCAGCCAGAUGGCAGUAGAGUCUCCCCACCUGCCACCUGUACUCAAGACGGAGAGGUCCAUGCGAACUGCUGCAGUGACUCAGGGUCCGGCCCAACCCGAGAGCUGCUGGCCGCACCGUGUGGGAGCUCGGGGCAGGGCCCAGCCUGCUCUCCAGAGUGCCCGUCAUGCCCGGCUGGGCUGUUGAGCUUGGGGUGUUCCGGGCUGCGGCAGCUGGUGUGGGAGAGGCGGGCCGGGAGCCGGCCUCCUGGGCUGUGGGGCCUGUGGGGUUGCCUGGGCCUCCGCAUCUCCCACGUCGGGGAGGCUGUGGCAGCGCGGCUCCUUCCCUGGCCAGCAGUCAGGUGGGAAGCAAAGUGCAGCUAGGGAGCUGGGCAGUGCCUGAGCCUGGGAGGCCAGAGGUCUUCAGCUGCAGGCCACAGGCCCCUUUGUGGCCGCGCCGCCCACCCAGCACCUGUGGCCCUGGAUGCCCCUCAGCAGGACCUUCGAGAGCCCCGCCCAGCCCCUGUGCAGACAGACGACAGUACCCACGUGGGCUUGGCCAGGGUGCCCUGUGCAGGCCGGCCCUUGCCCGGGCACGGCUCCCAGCUCAAUUCUGGGGGCAGCAGUGGCAGCUGCCCUGGCAGGUGGACCAUCGCACGGGUUUGAGCAUGGCUCCUUCCUCUUGGGCUACGGUCACCCAGUGUGCCCUCUUGCUAAGGGUGAGCAUGAAGAGUGGCCAGCCACUGCGGCUCCCUGUCCCCAGGCAGCUCAAGCCUCGGGCCCUGUAGCCCUGCUGCGCGGGCGUGGUCUGCUGAGUGGACCGAAUGAAUAAAAGGUUUCUUUUC